UGUAGUAAGUCAAUCUUAUUCGUUCUUCCCUACAGAGACCAGAACAUUGGACAAUUUAUUUAUUACUUCAGAAUCAUACAGAUGUUUGUAGGCAUUACCACUGGUUGGUUUGUCAGCUGCCUCAGUGUUUUCAACUGCUUGAAGAUCGCUAGUUUUACCCAACGCCUUUUCCUUUGAAUAAAGCAGAGAAUCUCUGGAAUGGUUCCACAGCUGCUCCUGGGGUCACUGCUGCUCGCCUUGCUCACCUGCAUCCCUUCAAUCUGGGCUAAUUACGAUUUUUACCUUUGUUCCAUUGUGGUUCCUUUGUAUCCUUCAGGGCAGUCCAUUAUCCUGAUUCUAAAUAAUCCUAAACUGAAGCAGGCAUCAGUGAAGAUGCUGCAUCAUGUCAAGCAGCACUGGAGACAACAAACUUAUUAA